GCUUGGAUAAGAAGGUCUCUUUUGGUCAAUUUUCAUUUAUGUAUCUCAAAGGUUUGACUUGAUGUAUUAAUUAAAGCUUAACUUUAUAAAUAAAAUUAAGAAAGUAGAACCCAGCCCCUUUGACAAGAAAUCCAUUUCCUCUUCGCUUUGUUGUUCUUAUUCUUCAAUGAAUCGGUUCUCCAGCUUCGUUCUUAUAAUAUACAUUCCUUUCUCAUUUCACUAGUCCAUCAAAACUAAUCUCAAAUCAAUCCCAUGGCGCCCGUUAAUCGCUCUCCAAUUCUCCUAUUCGUCUUCCUCCAAUUGUUCCUCUCCCAAACCCUAGCUCGAAAGCCCCACCUUAUCGAUUUCCGAUCCCCAAAUCUCUACCCGGAGGGCCUCGUUUGGGACACAUCAGCCCAGCAUUUCGUCGUCGGCUCACUCCACCAACGCACUCUCGUCUCCGUCUCCGACGCCGGCGUCGCCGAAACUCUUAUCCGCGAUCCCAGCCUCCCCGAAAACGCCUCGAUCUUAGGCCUUGCCAUCGAUUCCGUCAACAGCCGCCUCCUCGCCGCCGUCCACGCCCCACCUCUCCCAGAAUUCAAUGCCCUCGCCUCCUACGACCUCCGAUCUCGCCAUCGCAUCUCCUUAACACCUCUCCCUUCCGAUGGAACCUCCGGUCAUCGCCCCGUCGCGAACGCCGUCGCGGUUGAUUUCAAGGGUAACGCUUUCAUCACGAACUCCGGCGGAAACUUCAUCUGGAAGGUAGACAAAGACGGAUCCGCCUCGAUCUUCUCGAAAUCCGCGAGUUACAGUUCCUAUCCCGCAACUCCGAACGAAGUGUACUCGUCCUCAGGGCUAAACGGCGCCGUUUACGUAAGCAAAGGGUACCUUCUGGUGGUGCAAUCGAACACCGGAAAGAUGUUCAAAGUGGACGCCGAUGACGGAACGGCGAGGUUGGUUUUGCUAAACAAAGAAUUGAAAGGGGCGGACGGGAUAGCGGCGAGGAAAGACGGCGUCGUUUUGGUGGUGUCGUAUAGGAAGCUGUGGUUCUUGAAGAGUGAGGAUAGUUGGGGGGAGGGAGUGGUUUAUGACGAAAUUGACCUUGAUGAAGAGAAGUUUGCUACUGCUGUAGCUGUAGGGAAUGAGGGGAGAGUGUAUGUAUUGAAUGGGUAUGUGAAUGAGGGGUUAAAUGGUAAUUUGGGAAGGGAGAUGUUUGGUAUUGAGGAAAUGAGGUCUCCCAAAGAGAGUGAAGACGAAAGGGUUUGGAUAUAUGUAUUGGUUGGGUUUGGAUUGGCUUAUUUCUUGUUUUGGAGAUUUCAAAUGAAGCAACUCAUAGGGAACAUGGAUAAGAAAACUAAUUGAUUUUUCUUUUUGGGGUUUCUCCUUUUCUUUUUCUCGUCAUGAAUAAACUCUACACUUUUGAUUCUUGUUA